AUGGCAAACCAGCAAAAUUAUUACCAUCGCAAUGGCCCUCGCACAUACAUGUCAUCUCUUCCUUCCAUCACCUCCACAGAACCAGGACAAUUCCAUAGACACCCUAGAGAGAUGAGACCUCCUGUCCCUCCUCACCACAUGGAGAUUGCAGAUUUGAGCAUUUCAAGAACCCUGCCAAGUCCCACGGCCACUGCAUCCAGCAAUCUUGAUCUACCUCCCACUCAUGGAUAUGGAGAAAUGCCGUUUGGAAACCCUAACAUUGCAAAGAUAUAUCAACAGUUCCCCACGGAUGGACAGAUCAUGCGUCCCGCUCAAGAUCCCAUCCAUAAUUGGUACUCCACAAAUGAUGGUCCUUGGACACCUAUUCCCAAGGUGAUGCCACCAAAUGUCAUGACAGAUGGUAGAUUUCAGUCCAAGCAGACUGGUAGUCGCAAUCAUAUCACAUCUGGAGGUCAGUAUAGGCCACAUAACCCUUCGGAGUCAGGAUCAUUUCAUUAUGGUGUCCCGCAUUCGGAUUCUGGUUAUGGCACUCGCCGUAGUGUUGCGAAUACUUCCGUCGUCAGUGGGGAUGUCCUAGAACGGGAUCAAGACUGCCAUAGUCUUACAGGCCAUGUCGAGAACUUCCAACCUUUCAUGGGAUCUAAUGAUGAGAUGCACCAACGUGAUGCUAGAUCAUUUGAACCGUGGAGUACACCUGUAACGAGCAAUCCAGAGUCACGUGGAAUGGAAUGCCCAAUAUGCCACAAGCUUGUCAAGACUCAAUCUGAAAUGAAAAAGCAUGAGUUGCGACACACAAAGCCAUUUGAGUGUGAUGCCCCAGGAUGCACCCGGACCGAAGGAUUCAGCACACCAAACGAUUUGGAAAGACAUAGGAAGAGUAAACAUUCGGAGAUCCUAACCAGCUCGACAGGUAUCAAGAGAUUCCGAUGUCUCGUGGACGGAUGUAAAUCCAAGGACAAGUUAUGGCCACGUCUGGAUAACUUUAAGAGCCAUCUUAAACGUGUUCACCAAAGCCUCAGUUGGUCCGAAGACGACAUGGAGAGCAUGGUAAAGAGAGGAGAAAUUUGGGAGCAAGCUGGCCGUCCUGUCGAGGAGAUGUCCGUUGAGAAACACACACUUCCAGAUCUUGCCCAACCACCUACCACUUUUGCCCUUCAAGAUAGCUCAAUCAAACCACGGAUUGGUCAAUCCUGGACACCUUAUCCACCGGCUAUAGAACCAGCUCAUGAUCUAAUUGCCCCCAGAGGCCCCCAAGCAGGAUUGUAUGAAUCCAGGUCGGCCACUGCAGAAGAGAGAUCCCCAAUUCCUGAGGCACCUCCGCAGACCAUUGUCAAGCCGGGCGAUGUGGUGCGUAAUUACAUUCCCGAUACCGCUCCAUUGGAUAGAAUGUCUUUGGUCCCAGCGGGCCAUGAUGAAUCCUCCGUACCAAAGCCGGAUCAAGCAAAGUCCCAUGCAGCUUCAAAGACCAGCCCCCAAGGUAAGGUGCCGAGGCAGAAUAAUGCCUCAGCUGCGACUGCCCAACUUACGGAGGCACUGAAGACUGUCCUGUCUAAAAUGGACUUAUCUGAUAUGUCCAAUGAUCCUCCACCAUCAACCGGCAACAUGGAACGGAGAAGUCAGCCUAACAAGGAAGAUUCUCCAACAGAUGCGUGGCCCACUGAUCCAAAUCCGGCGAUGCAUACCCAGGACAAUGACGCUGAUGCUUCGAUACCGAAUCCUAAGGGGGCGAAGGACUCUCAAGCCGAGAAGAAAGCUUUGGAAGUUCUUCGGAUCAUCUCGAGAUUGGGUUUCGUCGUUUCCAAAGACCCAAGCCAUUCUCCAAGACAACACAAUAUUGGAUCCGCUGCCAGUCAAAAGAGUGAGAAUCAAGUCACUUGUAAAACGUGCAAGAAGUUCACAGGAAGACCCUGUGAGCUAAAAAAACACAUGAAGCGUCACGAGAAGCCGUACGGCUGCACGUUCUUGACAUGCAACAAAGUCUUCGGCAGCAAAAACGACUGGAAACGCCAUGAAAACUCCCAACACUUCCACCUCGAAAUCUGGCGCUGCUUCGAAACCAAACCCGUCGAACCACCCUGCACCAAAGUCUGCUACCGCAAGAUGACCUUCCAAGAACACCUCCGAAAGGACCACCACAUCUCCGACGAAAGUCUCGUGAAGCUAAAGACCGAUAAGUGUCGCAUCGGACGCAACUGCCAGGCCAGAUUCUGGUGUGGCUUCUGCGGCAAGUCAGUAGAUCUGAAGAAGAAAGGUCUAGAUGCCUGGACCGAACGGUUCGACCAUAUUGAUGACCAUUUCAUGGGUCGUAACCAGCAACCUAAACAGAGUAUCCGGGAAUGGAUACCAGUUGAUUCCGAUAAACCGAAGGGAGACGUCGCGAGCAGUAGUCCGCAUGACCAACCUAUUUUUGGAGAACCGAGUUCUUCAUCGUCGUCGGAUAAAGACGCCGCGUCUGGAUCUGGAUCUGGAUCAGGAUCCGAGAACGAGGUUCCUGGCAGUAGCUGCGUUUCGUCCGAUGAUCGUCGACCAACAGUUGGCGCUGCUGCAGGAGAAUCUUCAGCUACAGCUGCAAUUAACCUUGAACCUCAGCAGCGGGGACCGAAUCCUGCGGUUGUUGCAGGUGGAUUGGGGUCCAAGAGACGCAUCGGUACUUCUUCCUCCUCGGAUCAGGAUGAAUGUAGUAGCAGCAGCCGAAACCCGAAACGCUCCAAGACAACUGCUUACGAGAAUGUGAUUAUCUGUGUAAGUCUUCAUUCCUCCUUACCUUGA